CCAGUUUCUUUGGCCCCACUUUCCGACCCUCCCCCGUUUGGAACAAAGUGGGCUCAUUAUUUUUUCUCUCUUCUAAAUGUUUGUCCGGCUUGAAGAUCCUUCUAAGUGUGUGCGGGCUCUUUCAAACAAACGCCGUUUUUCUUCGGAAGUCGCCGUUUCGUUGAGCUCUGUCGGCUGCAGAGAGUCUGCGUGUUCGGGGCUGAAAGGACCAUGCCGACUCUGCAGAGCUCUGCUGUCCUGCUGCUUUUAAGCAUCCUGAUUGGCCUAAGCUGCUCCCUGGACCCACGGGACCCCAAUGUGUGCAGCACAUGGGAGAGCUUCAGCACCUCAGUGAAGGAGUCCUACUCUCAUCCUUAUGACCAAGUGACAGAGGAGCCCUGCUUGGAUGCCCGGACUUCCUACAGAUGCACACGCCACAGGAUCACCUACAAAACAGCCUACAGGCAGGCAGUGAAGACUGACUACCGCAAGAGAUACCAGUGCUGUCCGGGCUACUACGAGAGUGGAGGCAGAUGUGUCCCUCGCUGCACGAAGGAGUGCGUCCACGGCCGCUGCGUCGCUCCAGAUCGCUGCCAGUGCGAGGGAGGCUGGCGAGGCGAGGACUGCUCCAGCGCUUGUGAUGACAAACACUGGGGCCCAACCUGCGAGCAGCAGUGCGAGUGUAAGAACGGAGCUGUGUGCGACCCCGUGAGGGGAACGUGUCGGUGUCCUCCGGGGUUCAUCGGACGCUACUGCGAAGACUCGUGUCCGGCCGGCAGCUUUGGGAAGGGCUGCCUGCAGAGGUGCCAGUGCGCGACCGGAGGAUCCUGCGAUAAAGCCACGGGAGAGUGCGUUUGUCGAGAUGGAUUCACGGGGACUUUCUGCGAGAAAACAUGUAGGAAGAAAUGCCAGGCGCGGUGCCCCUGCCAGAACGGCAGCAUCUGUAAAGGCAAAGGGAUCUGCGCCUGCCCUCCUGGAUGGAUGGGUGCAGUCUGCACUGAGCGAUGUCCAGAAGGACGGUUUGGGCCAAACUGCACUGAGGAGUGUGUUUGCCACAACAACGGAAGAUGUGGCGCUGAAACCGGGCAGUGCCAGUGUGCCAAAGGGUUCACUGGGAGCAGGUGUAAACAGGAGUGUGCUGCGGGCACUUACGGCCAGGACUGUAAAGGUGUGUGCGACUGCGCUAACGGAGCGCGCUGCUACAACAUCGACGGCGCCUGUCUGUGCGAGCCGGGCUUCCGCGGUCCACACUGCAGGGAGAGGAUGUGCCCGGACGGCAAAUACGGCAUGCACUGUGAGCGCACGUGUCUCUGUCAGGACAAACACACACUCAGCUGCCAUCCAAUGAAAGGAGAGUGCACCUGCCAGCCGGGGUGGGCGGGACUGCACUGCAACGAGACCUGUGCUCACGGUUUCUACGGUCACGGCUGCCUGGAGCCGUGCCUCUGUGUGAAUGGAGGGGUGUGUGAUGGUGCCACAGGGCGAUGCCACUGCAGCCCCGGCUUUACGGGGGGUCACUGUGAGAAUCCCUGUAAAAGUGGCACCUAUGGAAAGAACUGCUCUUUGGAGUGCUCCUGUGAAAACUAUGUGGACUGCGCACCGAUCGACGGGGCUUGUUUCUGCAAAGAAGGCUGGCGAGGGCCGGACUGCUCCGUCCCCUGCGCCGAAGGAACCUGGGGUCCGGGGUGCAAUGCCAGCUGCCGCUGUGCCAACGGAGCAAAGUGUAACCCUACAGAUGGAUCCUGCACCUGCAUGGCUGGGUGGCAGGGGGCGCGCUGUGACCAACCGUGCCCGAUGGGCACGUUUGGGCCCGGCUGCCUGAAGAGGUGUGAUUGUGUUCAUGCCGACGGCUGCCAAGCUGCCACCGGGGAGUGCCGCUGUCUGCCAGGCUGGUCGGGUCCCCGCUGCAGUGAGCCGUGCUCAGAGGGCCUGUGGGGGCGUCACUGUAACCAGACCUGUCUCAAGCAUUGCCCCAACAGUGACACGUGCUUGAGGGAGACUGGAGCCUGUGUGUGCCGCCCAGGCUUCUGGGGAGUCACCUGUCAGAGCAAAUGCAGAGCUGGUACGUACGGCGACCAGUGCAGCAUGUCCUGUCAGUCCUGUGGCCAAUCGUACCGCUGCCAUCAUGUGACAGGAGAGUGUGACUGUCUACCUGGAUACACCGGACCAAACUGUGAUCAAGUGUGUCCAGAUGGCUACUUUGGAAAACAGUGCUCUGAGGUGUGCGUCCCCUGUGCCAACAACUCCACGUGCAACCACCGGGACGGUCACUGCGAAUGUUUGCCCGGCUGGACCGCUAUUGACUGCUCCAAACCAUGUGAUCCUGGACGUUUCGGUCCAUUCUGUGCUCAGACCUGUUCCUGUCCAGCCAACCUGCUCUGUGACCGAUUUACUGGAGACUGUGUGUGUGAGAGCGGAGGAGUUGACUGCAAGCAAGACUCAUCUCUGCAGACAGGCAGUCUCAUGAUUCCUCUUCCUCCUGGUGAGAGGGAGUCCUGGGGGGCCAUCGCCGGCAUCGUUGUGCUCGUCAUGCUGGUGGUCCUGCUGCUGGCUCUGCUGCUGCUCUACCGCCGCCGGCAGAAGGAGAAGCAGAACAACACGCCGACCGUGUCCUUCUCCACCAGCCGCACGGUCAACUCUGAAUAUGCUGUUCCAGAUGUUCCUCACAGUUACCACCAUUACUACUCCAACCCCAGCUACCACACACUGAGCCAGAACAGGCCCCCGCUGCCGCACCUCCCCAACAACCACGACCGCACCAUCAAGAACACCAACAACCAGCUGUUCUGCAGUGUGAAAAAUGCAGAGCGGGAGAGGCGUGGCCUGUUUGGGGUCGAGACCAACGCGACUCUGCCUGCGGACUGGAAGCACCACGAGCCCCGCAAAGACUCAGGAGCCUUUGGCAUCGAUCGGAGCUACAGCUACAGCGCCAGCCUCGGAAAAUAUUACAACAAAGAGCUGAAGGAUGUGGCGGCGGUGAGCAGCAGCUCUCUGAACAGCGAGAAUCCGUACGCCACCAUCAAAGACCUGCCCGGCCUGCCCUUCUGCCCCCCCGAGAGCAGCUACAUGGAGAUGAAGUCGGCCGUGCCCAGAGAGCGCGCCUACACCGAGAUCACCCCCCCGCUGCCGUUCAGCACGGCCACCUUACGCAGAGAGCGUCAGAGUUCUCUCAGCCACGCCCCUCACGAGGACCCCCAGAGCCACUACGACCUCCCCGUGAACAGCCACAUCCCGGGACACUAUGACCUGCCGCCGGUCCGCCGCCCCCCCUCCCCCAACAGUGACACGUGCUUGAGGGAGACUGGAGCCUGUGUGUGCCGCCCAGGCUUCUGGGGAGUCACCUGUCAGAGCAAAUGCAGAGCUGGUACGUACGGCGACCAGUGCAGCAUGUCCUGUCAGUCCUGUGGCCAAUCGUACCGCUGCCAUCAUGUGACAGGAGAGUGUGACUGUCUACCUGGAUACACCGGACCAAACUGUGAUCAAGUGUGUCCAGAUGGCUACUUUGGAAAACAGUGCUCUGAGGUGUGCGUCCCCUGUGCCAACAACUCCACGUGCAACCACCGGGCCGGUCACUGCGAAUGUUUGCCCGGCUGGACCGCUAUUGACUGCUCCAAACCAUGUGAUCCUGGACGUUUCGGUCCAUUCUGUGCUCAGACCUGUUCCUGUCCAGCCAACCUGCUCUGUGACCGAUUUACUGGAGACUGUGUGUGUGAGAGCGGAGGAGUUGACUGCAAGCAAGACUCAUCUCUGCAGACAGGCAGUCUCAUGAUUCCUCUUCCUCCUGGUGAGAGGGAGUCCUGGGGGGCCAUCGCCGGCAUCGUUGUGCUCGUCAUGCUGGUGGUCCUGCUGCUGGCUCUGCUGCUGCUCUACCGCCGCCGGCAGAAGGAGAAGCAGAACAACACGCCGACCGUGUCCUUCUCCACCAGCCGCACGGUCAACUCUGAAUAUGCUGUUCCAGAUGUUCCUCACAGUUACCACCAUUACUACUCCAACCCCAGCUACCACACACUGAGCCAGAACAGGCCCCCGCUGCCGCACCUCCCCAACAACCACGACCGCACCAUCAAGAACACCAACAACCAGCUGUUCUGCAGUGUGAAAAAUGCAGAGCGGGAGAGGCGUGGCCUGUUUGGGGUCGAGACCAACGCGACUCUGCCUGCGGACUGGAAGCACCACGAGCCCCGCAAAGACUCAGGAGCCUUUGGCAUCGAUCGGAGCUACAGCUACAGCGCCAGCCUCGGAAAAUAUUACAACAAAGAGCUGAAGGAUGUGGCGGCGGUGAGCAGCAGCUCUCUGAACAGCGAGAAUCCGUACGCCACCAUCAAAGACCUGCCCGGCCUGCCCUUCUGCCCCCCCGAGAGCAGCUACAUGGAGAUGAAGUCGGCCGUGCCCAGAGAGCGCGCCUACACCGAGAUCACCCCCCCGCUGCCGUUCAGCACGGCCACCUUACGCAGAGAGCGUCAGAGUUCUCUCAGCCACGCCCCUCACGAGGACCCCCAGAGCCACUACGACCUCCCCGUGAACAGCCACAUCCCGGGACACUAUGACCUGCCGCCGGUCCGCCGCCCCCCCUCCCCCAAGCCCCUCCCCCAGGGGGACCCAUCAGUGACAGAGCAGCAGAGCUAG